UGCUGGUUGACUUGACGCCGGUCUCCUGUCCUGAGUAACGGUAGUGGUCGCCCGAUAACUCAUUUGUCUCGGUUUGUUGACGUUUGCCGGAGUACAGCAGUAGUUAGUAACGGGCUAUGUCUGUUCUUUCAGGGGAACAGAGAGAGAGUCAAUGAGGCUAGUCAGCUAGCAUUAGCUAACUUAAAUGGGUCUUCGAGUCAAAAGAUGAUUGCCUCACUUUCAAGAGGAAGUUUGCUGGAUGAUGUGCUUCAUGGGGGAUUUAAUGAGCAGCAGCUGGCAGCGUACGUUUCCUGGGUGAAUGCUCAGCUCAAGAGGAAAUCAGGACUGACGCCCAUCACUGACCUCAGACAUGAUCUGCAGGAUGGGGUGGUGCUGACACAACUCAUAGAGAUAGUUGCUGGGGAAGUGUUGGAGGGAGUGUAUGUGACUCCCCAAAACAAAGAGGAAAGCAGGAAAAAUGUUGAGCAAGUGUUGCAGUUCAUUUCCUCCAGACACAUACGCAUGCCACACAUAUCUGCAAGAGACAUCGUUGAUGGUAAUCUGAAAUCAGUAAUGAGGAUAAUUCUGGCACUGGCCGCUCACUUCAAACCUUCAGCCAAUCACAGAGCUGCUUCCAGAGGUGGGAGGGGCUUAACAAGAGGCGCUGCCAGCCACAACCCUCUGUCAACGGUUGCCCUGGCACAAGGUGCAGCUGCUGCAUUGGCAUCAGCGCGCCAUGAUGCAUCCCAGCCUGCACGAUCAACACGUAUUCACAGUGGUUGGGAUUUGGAUGGUGAGAAGAGCAUAUGUGUGCGUGCACUAGUUGAGCAGUAUGAGAGGGGAGCUCCAGAAGAGCAGGACAGUGUUCAGCCAAACAGCCUUAGCUCCGUCAGUCCACUGUCGUCUCCAAGACCUGCUCCCAGCAGCCACUCAGAAAGACAACAGGAUGACCACCAAAACCAUGACAGCACCGGGGAGUCAACUCAUGUUCGAGCAGAGACAACAUGGGAGGAUUCAGUCAGUGAAAUUUUAGAGAAGGAGGUGGAAGAGACACGAAAAAUGGUGUCUGCCUUACAGGCCCUGCUGCUGAACGGUUCAUUGCCUGAGGAUGAGCAGGAUGUGUCGUUGACUUUGGAACCAGGCAAUGCUGACCAACAAGUGGUAGUCAUUCGCAGUCGUUUGGAUCAAAGUAUGGAAGAGGCUCGUGAACUGAAGCGAGAGCUGCUGCGCUGUAAACAGGAGAUGAGAAACCUACAAGGAGUGAAGGAGGCCCAGCAGCAAAGGCUGUGUACUCAGGAGGCAUCGAUACUUCAGAUGAAGCAAGAACUGCUUCGAGCCAGCAUGACGAAAGAUGAACUCAACAACCAGAAUGCAGAACUGCAGUGGAAGCUAGAAGAAUGUAACAGACAGUGGGGCGAAUGCAAGUUUCUCUUAAUACAGAAGGACAUUGCACAGAAGGACAGACUACUGCAGCAACUCAAACAGAAGCUUGAAGAAAGCCAAAAGCAGCAAAGUGAAUUGCAAAGAGAGCUGGAACAUAAAAACACAGUGCUGCAGGACCUGAUGAAUAGAGAUCUGCAGCAGAUUCCCACAGAAAACAAUGGAUAUUCUUACUCUGGAAGUCCAACCUCCUCUCAGGCAGAUGAGGUCCAGCUUCUCAGAGACUCACUUAGGAGUUUAAGGAACAACUUCAGAGACCAUGACCCACAGCAUCACACACUGGACACUCUGGAGCAGGGAAUAGCAUCCCUCAUAGACAGACUGCAUGUUGUACAUUCAUACCGGGGAAGGGGGAAAUCACCACGACGCAAAGGUCCACUCUCAGACUCUGAUUCCUGGCCCAGCACCAAAGUUUGUAAACCCCAUGGCAGUUCUUCAGCUUCCACUAAAUUCCUUUAUUUCACUGGAAAAUCCCCUACACCUUCUAUGAUCAACAUACCCAAGAGAUUGGGUGAGGUGACUCUUAAAGAUGUUAAGGCAGCUGUGGAUCGAGGAGGAAACUACAGAUACCAUUUUAAGGCUUUAGACCCUGAGUUUGGCACAGUGAAGGAAGAGGUGUUCCUGGAUGGAGCAGUUGUUCCUGGGUGGGAAGGAAAGAUAGUGGCCUGGGUUGAGGAGGACCGCGGUGAGGAAAGGCCAGUGUAGUUUCAAUCUGAGGACUCUUCUACUAGUUACUGUGAGGCACGUGGAGACAACAUGUUCUAUAUGUCGGACAAUCUGACAGCAGCUUCUUAGAAAAUACUGUAACCAUAUAGUGUAAAACUUGUCCUCAAUAGAUUUGGGUUGAUGAGCUGGUACUAAACCCUACAAUGAAUGAAUCCCACUCACCCAGGAUGUGGUGAGUAACUCAGUGCCUUUAAAACAAAUGACUCCAAAAUGUACUUAUAUUAAAGCUGUAACUGAAUUAGUAAAACUGAAAACAUGAAGUUGCAGAAAGAUUGUAAUCAGUGGUGUUGAGUAUAAUGUAUUUUAACAGAAGUCCAUGGAGUGUCUCUAAAUAAACCACAAGAUUACAUGUAGAAAUAUGUUGUUCUUUAGCCCAAGAACAUUUCAGACUUCACCAUGAAUGUAAACAGAAUGAACAGUGUUAUUCAUCACAGUGACAAACAGUAAAGCUGUUUACUGGUU